UUCCGGUUGAAAACCUUAUUAUUGGAAGUGUUGUGUUGAUUUAAUUUUUUCUUAUUAAUCUUACUGUUUCUGAAAUGGGCAAGAAGAAUAAAGACAAGAAAAAAGGUAAAGGAGCGGAAAAAACAGCAUUAAAAACAGAGAAGAAACUAUCCAACAAGCUGAAAAAGGAGCUGAAGCUCAAAGGAGAGGAUGAUAUCGAAGUCGUUGUAGCUCAAAUUGAAAAAGAAGAGAAGAAAAGGCAAAAAGUAGUUGAUAAAGUAAUUGAUCCUCCUUCUCGAAGACUGAACUUUACAUUCAUUGCCCACCCAGAUAAGGAUCAACUGAUUAUGUUUGGUGGAGAAUUUUUUGAUGGACAAAAGACAUUUGUUUAUAACGAUUUGAUAUUUUAUAAUAUAACGAAUAAUACAUGGAAUAUUGUGAAAGCUCCUGGUGCACCACCACCAAGAUGUGGGCAUCAGAUGGUUGCGACAUCUGCAAAUGGUGGCCAAUUAUGGGUUUUUGGAGGAGAAUUCACCAGUCCUUCCCAAUCUCAGUUUUAUCAUUACCAAGAUUUAUGGUUAUACUCUAUCUCAGAAAAGAAGUGGGAGAAAAUAAUUGCUCCAAAUGGACCUAGUGCAAGGAGUGGACAUAGAAUGGUACUUCUUAAAAAGAAAUUAUUCGUAUUUGGUGGAUUUCAUGAUAAUUUGAGAUCAUAUAGAUAUUUCAAUGAUGUGCAUAUCUUCGAUUUAGAAAAAUAUGAAUGGAAAAAAUUAGAUGUAGGUGGAAUUGCUCCCUCACCUAGAUCUGGCUGUGUAAUGCUCCCCAUUCAAGAUGGAAGAAUCCUGAUUUAUGGUGGUUAUAGUAAAGAAAAUAUCAAAAAAGAUGAAGAUAAGGGACUAGUUCACUCAGAUUCUUUCUUAUUGCAACCAGACAAAAACGACCCUACUGGAGAAAAAUGGAAGUGGAUUCAUAAAAAAAUCGGUGGCACCUAUAUCUCACCAAGAUGCAGUAUGUCUUCAACAAUAAGUUCAAGUAACUCAAUUGGAUAUUGUUAUGGUGGAGUAUUUGAUGUGGAGGAUGAAGAAGAGGAUUUGGAUAGCCAAUUUUUCAAUGACUGCUGUUUGUUAGAUACAGAUAAAAUGCAAUGGAAGAUUAUGCAACCCACAGGAGGAAAAUCGAAAACAAAGCCUAUUGAAGAUAUAGAAGUUCAAGAUGUUGAAAUGCCAUUGGAAAUACCAACCCCAAAAGAGGUUUCAAAUGAUGGUGUAUUCACAGUAACUGUAGGGCCAGCAAUACAUACAUCUUCUGCAACAAAAACUCAAGAUGAGAAAGUUCUGUUGUUCCAGCCCUGCCCAAGAAUUAACUGUGGUUUAGCAAUUAGAAAAGGAACUUUAUAUUUGUAUGGAGGGAUGUUUGAACAAGGGGAAAAACAAAUAACUUUGAAUGACUUUUACUCAAUUGACAUCAAAAAGUUCAAUGAGUGGAAGACAAUAAUAGAAGAUAAGAAUUCAGAGCUAUCGUGGAUUGGGUCCGAUUCUGAAGAUGAAGAAGAUGGAGAAAGUUCUGACUCUGAAGAUUCUGAUUCUGAGGAAGAAGAUUAGAUUCUAUUGUAAAAAUAGAUUUAAUAUACAUAUGUACAUAUAUAUUUUUUACCUUUGGGGUAUAGUUGUUGAACCUCACAUUCUUUGUGAAUAAAGAAUCCUUAAAAACU